UAUAAGGCUUGCGAAUCGCGCGUAGCGCACAACUAGAGUUAAAUAUUGAAUAUAUUAUAAAAUUUAAUGUGUAACGAUUUUUAGAUUCGUUGAUUUUUGUAAGCUAUGAUAUAAAUCAUUGCCUAGUAUGAUAUUAAUAUAUCGUCUAACAAUACUUAGCUUUUAAUUUCAACAACAGAGUUAUGCAUUAAUCAUUAAUUGUUUGUGCUCAGUUAUUAGAGUGGCAUAUGUAUUAGGUAACUGAAAUAAUUGAUGUCGCAUGAUAUACUACCGAUAAAAUGCAUUUACUGUUAGAAAAACCUCGUUUGGAUUUUCAAGUUGCAAUUCAAAAUAAAGAAAGCUAGAAUCUCUAAUAUUUUUUAAACUAUUUCAUACUGAAUAAAUGUCAAAAUCUCAUAUUUUUUUCUCAGUUAAAAAAAUUUAGAAUAUAAAUUAUUUUUAUAACAAUUUUAAAAAUAUUAUUAAUUUAAAAUGUUGUGCUGGCCAUAUUUAAAAAGAAAUAUAAUUUUUCGUAUUAUAUUUUUACUACUUAUUUCUUUAGUAAUUGUGUAUAAUUUAAAUUUUCUUAGUAGUAUUGACCAAUUCUUAAAUUCAUCACAAAAACAUUUAAUUUCUUGUUACUUUGAAGAAAAACAUGAUAAUUCUUUACUUGAAUUAAAUCCUGAAGAAGUAACAAAGAAUAGUAUAUUUUUUGUUGAAACAUCAUGUAACCAUAAAAAAGGAAUUAAUUUAAGUCUGAGACAAGGCUGUGCUAUAGAAUCUGCAGCAAAUUUAAAUCCUAAUUUAAAUAUAUUUGUUUUAUUUGUUGCUCCUAGUUUCAUAAGCGAUGAAUCUGAAAUUAUUAAUAGAUUUAAAAUUUAUUCAAAUGUUAAUUUAAGGUACAUAAAUUUUGUAAAAUAUUCUCAUAAUACUCCUUUACAAGACUUUGUGGCCUCAAACACCAUAGCCACAAGUCAAUGGCCAGUUUCUCAUGCAAGUGACUUAUUGAGAUUCUUAACAUUGUGGAAAUUUGGAGGGACUUAUUUGGACCUAGAUGUAGUUCUGAUGAAAUCUUUGGAGGGCCUAUCAAAUUUCGCAAGUAUUGAAUCAAACACAUCAGUUGCCUCACUUGUAUUGAACUUUGAUGUCGAUAAAAUUGGAAGAACAGUUUCAAAUACUUCAAUCAGUGAUUUUGCUUCUAAUUAUUAUGCAAAUGAUUGGGGGUAUAAUGGUCCUGGUGUUAUUACCAGAACACUUGAAAAAAUCUGUAAUACAAAUCUGGUAACUGAUAUGAAUAAGCAAAAGUGUCAAGGAUUUAUGGUUUUUGGGACAGAAGCAUUUUGUCCAAUAGGUUGGACUGAUUGGAGGCUAUACUUUAAUACAAACACUAGCGAUGAAGUAAUGGUUAAACUUAAAGAUAGUAUUGGUAUUCAUGUAUGGAAUUUACAUAGUAAACACACAGCUAUUAAUAUAGGUUCAAAACAGCCAUAUGGUUUAGUUGCAGAAAAAUAUUGUCCAGUUAUUUUUUCUAUGGCAAAGUCUGUAUUUUAAUUAAUUAUAAGUAGUAAUUAAACAAAAGCAAAUCCAGAA